AUGACGAGGCACCGUGACGGCAACAGGUACUACCAGUUCACUUCGACCCAGGUGUCUCAGCAGCCCUCCGACGAGGACGUUCAGAGGUUGCUGCUGCGGGCAGAGACGGUCUUGCGAGGCCAACGCGACUGGAGGCUGCUGACCACGCAGUGGCCCGUGUGGAGGCUGCUCGACCGGCUGGCCGCUGCCGAGGUGGUCAAUGUGACUUCCGGCGGCUCCUCGUUCUGGAUGCACGUGUUCCCGCACCGCGUGCGGUCGGACGGCCUCAUUUCCAACCGGAUCAGGGCCACGGCGCGCCCCUACUGCCUGCAGCUGUUCCAGGACGAGGUGCUGCGGCUCGCCUCGCAGGGCGGCGGCGCGCUGCGCCUCGUCGAGGCCGGGCCGCACAUUGGCGACUGCAUGCUCUGGGCGAGCGCCGCGCUCGGGCCGCGCGUGCUCGCCACGGCGGUGGAGCCAGUGGCGCAGGUGGUCUCCCUCUUCCGCAAGAGCAUCCUGGCCAACGGGUUCGGCAUCGACCUCCACCACGCGUGGCUGGGCAGCGCGGCCGGCCCGGCCAGGGAGGGCGAGUCGGUGCCGUGGCUGAGCUUGGACAGCAUCCUGCAGGAGGAUGUGGACAUUCUCAAGAUACACACCAACGGCGGCGAGACAGCGAUACUCGACGGCGCGCGCCGGCUGUUCGCGGACCACAAGGUGCGGGUGGUGAUCGUGCACUCUGCGGAGGCCGAGGAGUUGUGGGGCAGCACGUCGUUCUUGCUGGAGCGGGGCUACUCCGUCAGCACAGACGGCCGCCCGCUCCUGUCGGGCGACCGGCGCUGGCUGGAGGAGCGCGUGGCGGAGCGCGGCGGCCUGCAGCUGCACGCGCUGCGCCGCGGGGAAGCAAAAAGACGCCGAGCGACGUCGCUGCCGCCGCCGCCGUCGCCGGGGCUCGACCUCGGGAGCCCCAGGCGCAGAGUCCCCUCUCGCGCCGCGCAGGGGGCACGUGACGAGGUGCUGCACCGCUCUCCGCCCGGGUGCCCUGGCCAGGCCCCGGGGCCGUCCAGGAGCGGCUCGUGA